GCCGAAGAGGGUUAAGGCCGCCGAAUCACGACGCCCUCUUUUCCUUGUCCUCUUGCGCGAGAGGAGAGAAGCUCGUCGAGAGCGAGAGCGUGGGGAAGGGGAACGAGAAGAUGAACGGAGCUUGCAGGGCGAAUGGAGCAGCUGCCCCGAUCCCGACGGGGUCGAGGAAGCUGGUGCAGAGCCUGAGGGAGAUCGUUCACUGUCCCGAGCCGGAGAUCUACGCGAUGCUCCGGGAGUGCAAUAUGGACCCUAAUGAGGCUGUCCACCGCCUUCUCGCCCAAGAUACUUUCCAUGAGGUGAAGAGCAAGCGUGAAAAGAAAAAGGAGAUCAGAGAACCUCCAGAAUCCAGGUCUCGAACAGUUAAUAACAGUUCAGGUCAUGGGACUAGGGUUGGCACUGACCGUGGUGCCCGUAGUACUUCUUCCCAGUCUAGUUCUACUGACUAUGGGACUUUUAAGGGUAAACCAAAUCACAAGAAGGAAAAUGGUACAAAUGCUCUUCCUAACUCGUUGCUUUUGGAAUCUGCCACAGUAUCAAGUAGUCCUACUCAAAGGCCAACAAUUCCUAGCAAGUCUGUUCCUCAGGGGAAUGUGAUACAAUCAACAAACAUUACUGGUGGGCUUUCUAUGCCCAUGCAAUCUUCAUCUGUCUUCCAAAACAGUUGGUUGGGGAGGCCAGGACAUGUUUCUAUGGCUGACAUUGUCAAGAUGGGUAGACCUCAAAGUCAACCUUCCAGCAUGCCUGUUAUGGCAAGUGAAAAGUCCUACAUGGCACAAAAUGCAGACAUGUUGAAAAUGUCACAUCACAAAGCCAAGCAAUCGCCAGCCACAGUUCUUCCAUCAGAUUUAGAUGAAAAGUUAGAAUCCCAUCAAGAAUCUACACAUGUUUUGGAGAUUAGUCAUAAUGUUCGAAUUGCUGAAGGUCAGCAUAAUGUUGAUGAUGGAUGGUCCCUAAUUGAUGGGCAACCUAUGGAGAGUGUGUCAACUACACCAGAAAUGUCUGGUGUCUCUACUGGUUAUGCAAAUUCAUUAGAACUGGCAUCAUCUAGUCUGGUUGAUGAUGGAACUCAUUUGCAUGUAGAUCCUCAUUUGGAAGAGAUCCACAAUCUAGAGGACAGUCUCAAUGUUCCAAUUAUGCCAGCAGAAUCCAGAUCCACAUCUGUAUCUGAUAGGCAGAUACAAGUAGACACUUCCAAAGGUGCUUCCCAUAUAAAUGAGGGCUUAUUAAUAAGUACAAAUUCCUAUUCAUCUCAAAGGCUCGACCUUGAUCAUCAUGAAGGUUCUUUAGCAGUUGAGGAUGUCAUCCUGGAGAUUUCUUCAGAUGCUGCAGACUUUAGUCAACUAAGUUUACAAGAGACAAGCACAAAACCUAUUGAAGAUAGUCCUGCAGUGAUAAUCCCGAACCAUUUACGGGUUACAAAUGCAGAUUGUGCAUAUCUAAGCUUUGGUAGUUUUGGAUCUGGUGCAUUUGCUGGGUCUUUUCCAUCAAAGCCACUAGAAAGCAACUUGGAAGUGACUCCGGUCAUUGAUGAUGCUUCUAGAAUCGCCAAUUCAGAUGCAAGAAAUGAGAGUGACAGUAACCAACGGCUUAAGCCUAUGCUGACUGAGAAUGUAGCUUCUAGAUCUCAUGCUGGUCCAGAAAAUCUUGAUGAACCUUCAACUUCACAACCUGAAAUGGUGAGGAAUGAUCCAUUGGAUACUACAUAUGGGCUUCAGUACAACUCUCCAUCUGGAUCUAGUUAUGCAAUUUCAAGCUGUACACAACCAAAUGCUACAACUUACACCUAUCCACAAGGAAAUACACAAAUGCAAAAUCUUUCCCAUUUGUCAAGUUUAAUGCAGCAACCCAAUACUCUGCAAAACAGUAUUUUAGCAGCAAGCAUUCCACAUCUUCGGGAUUUUGACCUUCCCUUGUCUCCUCUGCUUACUAUCCAGUCAAUUGCCUACGAGGCUUUGAAGCCAGGGGUGUUCUCUGAUGCUCAAUCAACUCCACAAUCCUUGCCUAGCACCACCAUGCUCACGAGUCUCGUAUUCCCUCAAAAUCUUCCUGUACACCAUUACUCUCAGCCGGCUCUUCCAUUAGGCCAUUUUGCCAAUAUUAUAAGCUACCCUUAUUUACCCCAUAGCUACGCCUACUUGCCUUCUGUCCACCAAGCAUUCACCGCAAACAGCCCAUUCCAUCAAUCUACUCCUGCAGUGCCCAGUGCAGGCAUGAAGUAUUCGCAACCACAAUACAGAAGUAGCUUGUCUGUGGCCAGCUUACCUCAGGCUUCUGCUAUAGGCUCUGCUUAUGGAGGAUUUGGAAGCUCAGCUAACGUACCUGGGGGUUACACACUCAACCAUACAACUGCUUCAACUAACACGAUGAUUGGACUUGAUGAAGCAUUGAGCUUGCAGCACAGGGAAGCGAGCCACCACAUUCCUCUUCAGCAGAGUGAAAACCCUGCCAUGUGGAUCCAUGGUGCCGAUUCGAGAGCAAUGUCUGCUCUUCCGACGAGCACUUUCUGUAACUAUCCAGGUCAGAAUCAGCAUGGCGGGUUUCGUCAGACUCAGCAAUCCUCACAUCUUGGAGCUUUGGGGUACCCAAACUUGCACCACGAUGCACAGGCAGGCCUUUCCCAGGAACAUCAACAGAACCUCAGCGACAGCAAUAUGAGUGGUUCUCAGACCGUGCAAUCUCAGCCAGCAAACCAAAUCUGGCAACAUGGCUACUAAGCCAUCGCUGAUGACACCCAGUUUUUUGAUAUCUGGGUCUUGGAGGAGUAUGCGUUGCAGGUCUGUCUAGAUUGCCCACAUGCAUACACCACUUUUUUCGAGCAUUCAUGGCUGAUCAACUGCUUGUGUAGCAGAUGAGUACAAAACUGGCUGCUAAUGUUAUUUGAUGAUGAUGAUGAUGAUGAUGAGGGCCAUGUACACACAGUGUGCUGUAACAACGCAUAGCGACAGUGACGAGGAUUAAUCGAGAGACUCUCGGUGGCCUUUGUGUGGACAUUUGACUGCUAUCUGCUUCUCUUAUGCCUUCAUUUUAGGUAGCCAUAUAGCUCAGUUUCAGUUGUCGCACCUGAGAGGACGAAAUGAGCAUAUGUGAUUACACUCCAAUGAUCACUUGAUUUAA